GCAGGAAGACAGGCAGUUUUGCUGCUAGCAGGUGAAAAUGCAAGCCACCGUCUUCUGCUCGGGAGGAGCACGAGGAUGCAGGCUGGGCUGCCUUUCCGCCGCGCGGCCGGCUGGAGGAAGUCCUUCUCGGAGGUGGCAGCGGCCGCGGCACGCCGCGCUUCGAUGCCGGCAGCGGCAAGCUCCGGCAGCAGAAGUACAGCAUGAGGUUGACGAUCGGUCGAGCAGGAAUCCUUGUGGCUUCUACCCUUCUGUGUGGGGGGAUUUCUUCCUUCACCACUCUGAUCCAGCAGCUUCCUCUCAAAAGCAGACAUGGAUGGUAGAACGAGUAGAAGAACUCAUGAAAGAUGUGUCCAAAUUGAUAUCAAGUUCCACCACCUAUCUUGAGAGGAUGAAUCUCAUUGUUGCUUUAGAGCGUCUUUGCUUGGAUUAUCUUUUUGAAAAAGAUAUUAAUGUGGAGUUAAAACAAAUUUACAGUGCCAAUGUUAGUGACUUUGAUCUUCAUACAGUAGCCAUUUGGUUCUAUCUACUACGUAAACAUGGAUACAUGGUUUCACCAGACGUGUUUGUGAAAUUCUUAGAUGAGGAUGGAACUUUUCUGACAGCAACUCCGAGAGAACUAUUGAGCCUUUACAAUGCCGCACAUUUUAGUAUCCAUGGAGAGAUAAUACUUGACAAAGCUAUAUCCUUCACCAAAAGGAGUUUAGAAUCAAAACUGCCAUAUCUAGAAGGAUUAAUGGCACAUGAAAUUCAAUGUGCACUUGAGAUAUGUGACAUACCCCUCCCGCGAAGGGUUGCAAUUUAUGAUGUUAAGAUCUAUAUCUCUACAUAUGAGAAAGAAGCUACAUUGAAUAAAUCGGUAUUGGAACUUGCAAAGGUGAAUUUCAAUUUGAUGCAACUCCAGUAUCAACAAGAGUUGAAAGUUACUACAAGGUGGUGGAAUAAUCUGCAAGUUCAUUCAAGGCUCCCGUUCGCUCGGGAUAGACUCGUGGAAUGUUAUUUGUGGAUGUUGGGAGUAUACUACCAACCCAACUGUUCACGGGGCCGAAUAAUACUUACGUUCGUGAUUUACACUACAACCAUCAUCGAUGAUAUUUAUGAUUCAUUUGGAACAUCAGAAGAGUGUGAAUUGUUUACCGAGUGGGUAGAAAGAUCAUUCAUGUCCAGUUGGGAUCCAAAGGUAGCUCAUGUUCUCCCAAAGUGCAUGCAAUAUGCAUUGGAAAAAAUUAUGGACUGCCAUCAGAUCAUUGAUAACAAGCUAGCACCGGAGGAUAAAUACCGUAUGACCUACCUCAGAAACUUUGUAAUGGAUCUAGUUAGAAAUUACAACAAAGAGGUUAAAAUGCGCGAAGAGAACUUCAUCCCAAGAUCUGUCGAAGAGCAUCUUCAGGUCUCGGCAAGGACUUGUGCAUGCCAUUUGUUGGCUUGCACUUCACUGGUCGGAAUGGAUGAUAUAGCAACAAAGGAUUCUUUUGAAUGGAUUUCGACUGUGCCUAAAAUUGUGCAGAAGCUUUGCAUAAUUGUUAGACUAUUAGAUGAUAUCAUGACCUAUGAGCGAGAGCAGAUGACGCCUCAUGUUGCUUCGACAAUGGAUAGCUACAUGAAACAACACAAUGUCUCGAUUGAAAUAGCACGUCACAAGAUACAAGAGCUAAAGGAGGAGUCAUGGAAAGAUUUCAAUGGUGAGUGGCUAGAGCCUGAUAUUGACCAACCGAGGAAGUUAAUUGAGGCGAUAUUUAACCUCACAAGAACAAUGGAGUUCAUGUAUAACAAAGACGAUAACUUUACUAACUGUAGCAACCUCAAGGAUAUCAUCCAAUCAUUAUUUGUGGAGACUUUUUGA